CCUGACUGUUUUGACAAGGGAAGAGUCUUCUCCAUCUCCGGCGACCUCGCACGAGCUAGCCCGAGGCCGCCUCUACCUAGCCUCCCUCGGCCCGCAUCGCGAAGCCGGCCCGAUUCCGUGGAAGCAACGCAUGGAAGCCGGCGCCUCCCCAAUGCAGCGCGCGCUCCACUCGCUGCCGCCGGCUCCCCGCGGUGCCUGCUCCUAUCCGCCGCCUACCGGAGCAGCACGUCCACCGCACGAAGCCUUCGCCGCCCUCGGCUUCUAUUGCCGCAAGCCCCAGCCGCCCCACAUCGGAGCCCGACCUCGGCCGCCCAUACCUCGCCCCCGAGGGCCUCCUCCAGUGCCACAACCACCCCGAAGCCGUCGCCAUCCGGUUCCUCGUGCUGGCGCCAGGAAGAAGCAGGGCCACCUCCGUCUUCAUCGCAUUCUCCUUCUCCCCCACCUCCGAUCCUCUACUGGCGUGUGCCUGGAUUGAGUGACCCACUCACCCACCCGUUCUCCGAUCGACUUCUUUCGCUGCUGGGGCAUCCAGGCGAUUGGGGUGAAGCAAAGCUAUUCUUGAGCCGGAGUGAGAACUGACAAGGACAAGCACAGGAAGAAGACAAUUUACUGUUUCAGGCUACACAAUGGCAAUAGUGGAUUUCAUUGAGGGGAUUGAUGAUAUUAUUGACUUGACCAGCGACGAAGAGAAUGUUCAAGAAGAUCAUACUGCAACUCAGCAUUGGGAAGCAUUUCAUGAUGGCCAGACUAUGUUUGUUGUAGCUGCUGAAGGAAGGCAACAUGUGCAGGCUAUGUUUGCCCUUGCUGCAGCUGGUGAAGAAAGGCAAGAGACGACUAAGUCCAGAAAUGCUGCGGAAGCUACUGCAUCAUCCUCUGUUACGGGAAAAGCGCCUCUUGAUACAGCUUCAUCACAGAGUCGUCCUCACUCUCAAACAGCAGUGCCAUAUCUCAGUCUGACUUCUACCACUCCGAAGGCUACUUCUGAAGGUUGUGAUGCAAAGCUGCUGAGAGCGAAGGUGAAACGUCCUCGGAAGAACUACCAUACCGAUACUCCUAAGAGAUGUCCUAGGCUUGAAGAGAAGCGUAAAGGUCAUAACAAGUCUGUGGAAGAGCUUGCAGUCGAUCGCAAGAGGCCCUACAUGCUCGAUGCGGCAUAAGAAUCAGCUGCGUCUACCUGCAGUGCAGAAUCUGCAAAGAAACUCUUUGCCGACCCCGCAAGCUAAGUUAGUUGACCGGAUAUGGUCCCUCAUGAAACCGUCUAACUGUUGGUGGUCUAGUUUGUAUCCUAUGUCAUGUCUCUAGAAUCAUUACAGUUGCAUCUUUAGUGGGAUCAGAUCUAUUUUGUGUGGUAGCUGCUCAUGCUAUCCCAUCUAUCUGAGAUUUGCAGUUUGUAUUGAACCACUUGGGUACUUCAUACAGUUAUGGAACUGGUUCACUCUAUAUGUUGUUUAUCACUUUA